AUGACGCAGGGUCCCGGCGGGCGCGCGCCCCCCGCGCCUCCAGCGCCCCCGGAGCCCGAGGCGCCCACCACCUUCUGCGCGCUGCUGCCGCGCAUGCCACAGUGGAAGUUCGCCGCUCCGGCCGGUUUCCUGGGCCGCGGCCCAGCAGCGGCGCGGGCGGCGGGGGGCGCAGGAGCUGCCGGGGGCGCCGACCCCCAGGCGGAACCCGCCGGCCCGGCUAGCGUCCCCGCGCUGGCGGCCGCGGUCCUGGGCGCCUGCGAGCCGCGCUGCGCCGCGCCCUGCCCCCUGCCGACUCUCAGCCGCUGCCGGACUGCGGGGACGCGGGGGUCGCGGGGCGCGCGGGGGACGGCUGGGGCCCCAGACGCGGCCGCCGACGAGUGGAUCCGCAAAGGAAGCUUCAUCCACAAGCCAGCGCACGGCUGGCUACACCCAGACGCCAGGGUCCUGGGGCCCGGGGUCUCCUACAUCGUUCGGUACAUGGGCUGCAUCGAGGUGCUACGCUCCAUGCGAUCCCUGGACUUCAACACUCGCACCCAGGUCACCAGGGAGGCCAUCAACCGACUCCACGAGGCUGUGCCUGGAGUCCGGGGCUCCUGGAAGAAGAAGGCCCCCAACAAGGCGCUGGCCUCCAUCCUGGGCAAGAGCAACCUGCGCUUCGCUGGCAUGAGCAUUGCCAUCAGCAUCUCUACUGAUGGCCUCAACCUCUCCGUGCCUGCCACACGCCAGAUCAUCGCCAACCACCACAUGCAGUCCAUUUCCUUCGCGUCGGGUGGCGACACGGACAUGACAGAUUAUGUGGCCUAUGUCGCCAAGGACCCCAUCAACCAGAGAGCCUGCCACAUCCUGGAGUGCUGCGAGGGCCUCGCCCAGAGCGUCAUCAGCACUGUGGGCCAAGCCUUCGAGCUGCGCUUCAAACAGUACCUGCACAGCCCCCCCAAGGUGGUCGUCCCCCCUGAAAGGCUGACCGGGCUGGAGGAGUCGGCCUGGGGGGACGAGGAGGACAUGGAACACAAUUACUACAACAGCAUCCCGGGGAAGGAGCCGCCCCUGGGUGGACUGGUGGACUCCAGGCUCACCUUGACACAGCCCUGUGCCCUCGGGACCCUAGGAGCUGGAGCAUCUCCUCCUCGAAGAGAUACCCACGGCCUGCAUUGGGAGCUGGGCCCCUCAGGUACAGCCCCGCCAGGGGAUGGCUACGUGCAGGCAGAUGCCCAGGGGCCACGAGACUACGAGGACCACCUGUACGUCAACACGCAGGGUCUGGACGCCUCAGAGCCUCUGCAGCCUGAGGACAGCCCUAAGAAGGACCUGUUUGACAUGCGACCCUUCGAGGAUGCGCUGAAGCUGCACGAGUGCUCCGUGGCCGCGGGCGCGGCAGCCUCCCUUCCCUUGGAGGACCAGUGGCCCAGCCCCCCGACCCGCAGGGCCCCCAUCGCCCCCACAGAGGAGCAGCUGCGGCAGGAGCCUUGGUACCACGGCCAGAUGAGCCGUCGGGCGGCGGAGAAACUGCUGCGAGCCGACGGGGACUUCCUCGUGCGCGACAGCGUCACCAACCCCGGGCAGUACGUCCUCACAGGCAUGCACGCGGGGCAGCCCAAGCACCUGCUUCUUGUGGACCCCGAGGGUGUGGUUCGGACGAAGGAUGUGCUGUUUGAGAGCAUCAGCCACCUGAUCGACUAUCACCUGCAGAAUGGGCAGCCCAUUGUGGCGGCUGAGAGCGAGCUGCACCUGCGAGGUGUGGUCAAGCGGGAGCCCUGAGCCAGGUGAUGGUUCCCACCCCGGGCUCCUGUCCCUGCUCCCCAGAUGCCCCUGUUGUGGCCUUACAGCCUUUCUUUGGACCCUGGUCAGGCUGAACCGCUGCAGUCUCUCCUUCCUCCACGUGGGCCUUGAAUCUCUCUUCUCCAGCCCACGCUUCGCUGGGCCAGGUCAACCAUGCCAAGAGAUGGGGGCCCAAGACCCCCCUCUCUCUCACCGAGCCCCCUGCCUCUUCUCUUCUGCCUGGAGUGAGGGUGUACAUACCAAAGACAGAACCAUUUCUCGCCUUUAACGAAAAUAUAUUAAAAAAAACC